GUCCCCUCCCCUUGUGUCUCGCUCCCCUCCCCCCUGUUCGCUCAGUCCUUCCUGUCUCCCCCCAUCUGGCCGUACUUUCUACUGGUGACAAGUCUCCUGCCCCGCUCACGUACCCACAUCAUCCCCCGGCCCGAGCCCCCCAAUGUGCAAUCAGCUGGUGUGAGCCGCCGGGAGCCCCGCGCACGGGCAGGAGGUUUCUGUUAGGCUACUGCCAAGCCGCUUGCUUGCCUGAGAGAUAAGAAGCAUGGAUCUGGACGAAUUUGGGGGUUUGAACUCCAAGGGGUCUAUGUCGAUCAUUGGAGCAGAGGAUGAAGAUUUCGAAAAUGACAUUGAGCCAAAUGUGGUUGAUGACAGCAGUUACUUCCGAAGCAUUGUAUUAGUGAAAGACCACCCGGCCUACAUUAUGGUUUUCUUGCAGCAUGUGGUUCUCCAGUUUGACCCCAGCCCACUGCUCUGUUUCUUGCAUGCGGAUAUGUUAAAGAACCUUUCAGCCAAAGAGCUCAAGAAAGUCUUCAUGGAGUUUCAUUAUACCUUCCUGAUGAAAGGAGCGGUGCUGCAUGUCAGUGUGCCAAACAGCAUAUCCUUUGAACUGGAUCGGACAAGGCCCGAGAUGAUCCCAGAAGAAACCCAGAGAAAAUUUUUGAAAGAGAUUCAGAACUACCAAAUGGAGACCAUUUCCCUACAGCUGGAGGACUUUAGGACCAAGCGAGUUCUUGGCAUGACCCCUGGUGAACUGGAGCUAAACGAGCUUGAAUCCUACCGAACUAAUGACCGCAGUAUCCUGGAAGCCAAAGAGAAGCAGUUGGCAGAGCAGCUCUUGGCACGACUGGAUGAGAUGCACCUAACUAUUGCUCCAGACGAGGAAAAAAGCUCUUCAAUUUUCUGUGCCAUUGUCGCCUACAUGAAGCACCUAGGGGUGAAGACCAAGGCGGCGGAUAGCAAGAAAUCCAAAGGAAUCUUCUUCAGGAAAAAGGUUUCUACAAACAAAAAGGAGGAGUCUCUGAAAACAAAGAAACCAUUCAGUAUCUUGGAUCCGAUGCGCUGGAACCGGAAUGAUUCUCACUAUGUUGAGAGCAGACCAUCAAAAGUUGAGCCCGAAGCUGAGAAGCCUUCCCAGGAGAGAAGGAUCAGCCAUGGGCAGAAAACAUUUGAUAGGAGUGACAGCAGCACAACCAAAUCCAAGAACAGUGACGGCCCGGAUUCUGGUGUGUCUGUAAAUAUAAUCCCUCCACCUAAUGAGCCCAAUGAGAGUGGCCCAGCAAUGACUGAUGGGGCGGUGCCUAAUGACACAUCUGAGGUCCCCAAAGGAUCCCCUACCACUGAGCAUUGUCCAGCAGACCAUCAGACAGAGGAAAGCGCAGAAAAUGAAAGACGGAAGAAAAGGCUCUCUGGUAAGCUGGGCCGCUCGGAGAGCCUACGAGUUUACGAGCGCAAGCGUUCCCAGCGCGGCUCCGCCAAAGCCAAGCAGACCCGUUCCCGCAGCGACGUUGACCUGGAGGCAGCUGCCCGAGCCAACGACUUGCAGGGCACCGCUGGCAAGCUUGGGCCAAAGCCUGGCAACUACACCCCAGAGCCUGGAGGGAGUACAGAGGGCCCGCCGUCCUUUCUGCUUCCCCAGUCUGAGGAGACUGAGCCGCGCGUUCAGGAGGCCGAGAGCGAACCCCCAAACUGGAGGGAGCUCGUCCCCCCUGAAAUACUCCUCAGGCUGAAGAAAAGUGAAAUCAAGCGGCAAGAGGUCAUCAAUGAGCUCUUCUUUACAGAGUACGCUCAUGUGCGGAUGCUUCAUGUGUUGCAUGAUGUCUUCUACAUUCCCAUGCAAAGCGGAUGGAUCCCCACCUUGGAGCUGGAGAACAUCUUCCCCAGCCUCGAUGACCUUAUUGAUGCUCAUGCCGUUUUCUUGGACACCUUGAAGCAUCUGCGCCUUGAGAAUAACUCUGUGAUCCAGGAGAUAGGAACCAUUCUACUGAACCGGUUUGAUGGCACAGAGGGCAACUGGUUUCAAAAGAUUUCAUCUCGGUUCUGCAGCCGGCAGCCAUUUGCCCUGGAACAGCUGAAAGUGAAACAGAAGAGGGACCCUCGAUUCACUCAGUUUAUUCAGGAAGCUGAGAGCAGUCCUCAUUGCCGGAGGUUACAACUAAAGGACAUCAUACCAUUUGAGAUGCAAAGGCUGACCAAGUACCCAUUGCUGCUGCAAAACAUUGCAAAUCUAACUGAGGAAGAAGAGGAAAAGCAGAAAGUGCAGAGGGCAGCAGAGUGUUGCAGGCAGAUCCUAAACCAUGUUAACCAGGAAGUGCGGGAGAUGGAGAAUAAGAUGAAACUUGCAGAUUACCAAAGGCGCCUGGAUGUUUCCAACCUGCGGCAAACCAACGACCCCUUAUUAAAUGAAUUUAAGAAUAUUGAUAUCAGCAAAAAGAAUUUGAUACAUGAAGGAUCUCUGACAUGGAGAGUGAGCAAGGACAAGGCUGUUGAUGUCCAUGUCCUCCUCCUGGAUGAUCUCUUAAUGCUGCUGUUGAAACAAGAUGAGCGGCUGGUGUUGAAGUGCCAGAGUCGGACUAUCAUUCCUGCUCCAGAUGGGAAACUUAUGUUGAGCCCGAUCAUCAAGCUGAAUAUGGCCAUGGUUCGAGAAGUGGCUACAGAUAAGAAUGCCUUUUUUGUGAUUUUCAACUGGGAGGAUCGAGCACAAUUCUAUGAACUUGUGGCACCAACACCCGCUGAAAAGAAAAACUGGUUUUUACUGAUCAGCAACACUACAGGCUUAUUGGAACCUCCACCUUCCUCCAAGCAGAGACACAGAUCUAUCACUCCUGGGACCAUGCCGCAGAGCCCCUCCUACUUUGCGGAUCAGCUGCUGAGCAGCUCAGAAAAUGGCAGCUCCCUGAAAGAGACUGUAUCCAAAGAUGAAAAGGAAGGGUCGGUGGAGGAUGCAUCGGAGGGUCAGGAAGAGAAGGACUUUGCCGGCCUAACAGAAUAUCUCCUCGCCAGCAACAUUGAUCUGAACCAAGAUGCGACGUCGGGUGGGAAUGUUGCCAGUGAGGCCUUGGAAGAAGUGUCAAUGCUAAAACGUCUGCUAGUGCGCAAUAUCCGCCUGAGUGUGGAUGCAGACAUGCUCUCAACACUGGAGACCUGGUCACCCGGGGAAGAACCUGCCUCAGAAGGGGCUGCUGAACAGGAAAAGUCCUCCAAUGGGGAUCGUGAGGCAGAGGAUUCUGUGGUGGAAGCUGAAAUGGAAUCAACAGAGCAAGGAGAGAAUGGCAGAAAGUUAAAUUCUGUGGAUGUUGCAGAGUCUCUGUGUGCACCCAUUGUGCUGUCCAAGGAGCAGUCGGAGGAGGUGAAGAGACACAUUCUGUCCCUGGAGCAGAGGAUCCAUCAGCUAAAGCUGAUCGAGGAAGAUUACAACAACCUGCACAGAACAAUCACCAAAUGUACUGUACCUAGGAGCAGCUAUACAUGAGGCAGAUCCCAUCCCUGUCCCAGCUGGAAAAGUCCUCCCAUUCAUACCUGUGCCUCAACCAAAGAGGCAAAAAGUGAUUGGACUUCUACUUCUGUACCUUAUAAUCCCAUGUUAGCGGUUGGAAUAUAUAGAACU